AUGGUUGCGUUGAACGACAAUGAAGCACCCACCCAAUUUCAAAAAUCGUUCAAUGGCAGAUUGGAUCCCGCAGACGUUUUUUGCAGAAACAAUGCUGAAGCAGUCAGGAAUGCCGAUGCUGUUAUUUUUGCUUUCCCUCCAGAAAAAGUCCACGAAGUCCUCGCAGAAGCUGAAAUGAGAAAAGCGCUGAGGCAUAAAAUAAUAAUCAGUAUCCUUGCGCGGACUCCACGAGCUGAAAUAGCUCGGAUCAUAAAUGGGCAAGAUACUCCUGCACUCUCUACGGAGGAUGGCCUCCGAAUCGUUCGCGCAAUGCCAACUAUGGGAACGGAGGUACAUGAAUCAGCAACCCUCAUUGGCAAGUCCAACAACCCUCUAGAGAAAGAAGCGGUGGAGCUAGCAGAGUGGAUCUUCAACUCUGUUGGCAGGGUAUUUCAUGUCACUCAUGACUACUUUGAUGCUGCAACUGGUAUGAGUGCGUUUUCCAACGCAUUGAUAACUACAGCAGUGCAGGUCAUAUCACAGCGGGCUGUCGCGGAAGGCAUUCCAAAAGACCAUUCCAUUGCCAUUGCAUCUCAGUGUAUUCGAGGAAUGGCAAGUCUGAUGCUGGCGGGAACAAGUCCUGAGCAGCUGCAGUGGUCUUUGUCUGCUCCAGGAAGCAUCACAGGUCAGGCGAUAUUGCGACUACAUGAGAGCCAACUUUCAACAAUCCUUGAAUCGUCUGUCUCUGCCGCAAUCAGUAGGGCGAAGCAGUACCGAGCAUAG